CUUUACAUCAAAUUUGAUGACGACACAUAAUAAAAUGGCAGCCCCCAUGAACAUUCAAUAUAGAAAAAAAUAAAAAAAACUUUCCUUUUGUGUUAUUUACAUGAUGACAUUGAAAUUUAGCCCAAAAAUAGUUUUCCUUUUGUUGAGUUAUUUAUAUGGAGAAGCCAAAAAUAUUUCUCUACCCCAAAGAGAUGCAAGGAUAGUAAAGUUACCAGGGAAUGGCAGCAUUAUUAUAAACCCAGUAGGUCUGUCACAUGACACAGCUUACAUACUUUGCCAGGCUCACACUCAAAUUGGAAAUAUAACAUUGUCUAUGAAGCAUGAUAUAAAGUAUGAUACAGCUGUGACAGGGCGAGAUAUUGGAGUUGUUUCAAUGUAUGCUGAUGAUUCCAAUAUAACAUGGUACCUGUACUCCAAUACCAGUGUGGAUAUACAAGUCCUUGUGCAUUUGACAUACUACACUGUAACAGAUCCUCUUGUAGGAGGGUGUAAUGAAGAGUUUAAUCUAGAAAACGACCCUAAUAUUCACCUUAAUGUUCAAUCAACAAAAACUACAGUUGAUUUUGAGUGGUCAAAUUCAGGUGUUGACCCUUCAUCUGGCAUGUAUCCUGCGUGUGAGGACACAGUGUACCAGUCUGACCUUGAAUAUCAUAUAUACGUGAAAUAUAUGGAAGCAGACGACUUUAGUGAAGACGGGUACUUCAGUGUCAUAAAACAAAUGUUAACAGUUGACGAUGUCAAAAAACAUGGGACAUGGUUGAACAAGUUUACAAAUACAAAAGGUCAUAAAUCUAAAGUGGAUGUAUCAUCAUACAGUCACAGAGGGGUUGUGUACAACACUGUAGUAAAAUUCAACAAAGCUUGGGUACACACACAGGCUGUAUAUAUUCCUGUUGUCAGCUAUGGGUGUGAUAUUGAGCACACAGAUAAAUGCAAACAAAGAGAUAUAGCAAGUUUAGUUCUGUCAACUAUUGGAGGAUUAGUUGGUCUGUUCCUGUGUUUCUUUGGUCACAGAUUCUUCAGAAUAGAAAACUUUGCGUUUGGAUUUCUGAUUUUUGGUCUCAUCUUUUACCAAGUUCUAGCACUGGCAACAGAUAUUAGUUUUGUUGGAACUCUUGCUCUGGCGGCCAUAUUUGGACUGAUAGGAGGCACUUUGCUGCUUGGUUUGUGGUGGAAUUAUGGGAUACCAGUGAUAAACGUUCUAUUUAUAGGUCUGGUCACUGGGUACCUCAUUUCCAGUACAUUGUUUUACACUCCAUUUGGCAAUCUCACUUAUCUCCAAUCACCGUUUAACUAUGGAGCUACAUUUGCUUGUGGAGUGCUGGUCAUUCCAGUAUUCCUACUCUUUUUUACAAGAUUUUUGAGUAUUUUCAGCUGUGCAAUGGUUGGAGCAUUCACUUUUGUUCUCAUGUUUGACAUGUAUUUACACAGUGCAUUACAUGUCAUAAUCCUGAACUCUAUACGACAUGGAACAGAUAAAUCCUAUGUUACCUUGACAUUGACUGCACCUUACACACAUCAUGAAAUCACGUUAACUGUUGUUUGGGGUAUUCUACUAAUUCUCGGAACAGGGUUUCAGCUCUUUCGUGAGAGGAAGAAAGCCCCAUUCCCACCUUCGCCUCGCCAGAUGCAAGACAGGGCAAAAGAUUUACGCCGUCUGCUUCAGACACCAACUACUACACAUAGGCCAACUACUACACAUAGGCCAUCUGAAAAUCAACCACUUAUAAGGGGAGGUUAUCCUAGCUCUUACGGCACUACCCAUAAUGCAUUGCAGGAUGAGGAAACGGACAGUACUGAGGAGGAAUAUAAUCGACCAGGAAUACUUUAAAAAAACUUUAAAAAAAACACAAAAAAAAAUACAGAUAAGAGAAUACUGGAAAAAAUGUAUAAAGUUCUGUAAAAAUUUAAUGGAAAAUUUAGCCAAAACAGAGCUACUAAGCCAGACUAUUUGCUAUUUGUUUCUUAAUAGAAACCAUCCUGUAAUUUUUCCAACAAUUAAUGGCUUUUUUCACCAAUUGGAAUGAUGUACAUGUAAUUCAAUAAUUAUUAAAUAUUUGAUUGUCAAUGUUGUAUAGAUAUGACAUAUAUUUCUAUUUCAUCUGUUAUAUAUUUUUAUCAUUAUUUUUAUUUUCAUAAUUAUUGCUGUUCAAAAUGGCUUAUAUAUCAUUAUUAUGUGAUAAUACAUUACAUGUAUACAAAGUAUAUAUUUGGCGCUGAUUGUCUCUUGUAACUUCUUAUUAUGAAAAUGUCUCCUGUACUUCUGGCCAGCUCAAUUCUGAUUUUCAAAGAGAAAUUAAUCCCCCCAAAGCUACUUUCUUGUAUAUUUUACAUGAUGAAUAAUGCUUAGACAAAGCUGAUAAUAUAUUAAGACUGAUAUGAAGUGUUAUGUAAUUUUGCUGUUUUUAAUGCUUCAGAGUGAUCACUUUUCUCCAGGUAUUUUUGCAGUUAAGGUGUCUUCCUCUUAUUAUACCCCAACCACAAAAUGUGGGGGGGGGGGCUAUAAUGGAUUCGCUUUGUCGUGUCCGUCCGUCCGUCCGAGCCAACAUUUAAUUAUUAUGAGCUUCAUUCCGUAGUUAAAUAAAGAACAUAAACUCAUAAAAUUCAAAUUAAGAGCUAUUUUUUUGUUUUUAUGAGCUUAUUUUGCUUAUGGACGUUGGUGCAGGUGGUGUUUAUGAGCUCAUUUGCCUCAAACUUGGCUCAAAUGUUCACCUUAACAAGGGGAUGUGCAGAACCCAUGUUGCCCAUGUGUCAGCUCAAGGUCAAGGUCACACUUGAAGGUCAAAUAUCAAACAAUGAAAUAUUAGACAGUAUGUCGUGUCCACUCUGUAACUCCUACACUUAUUGAAAGAUUUUCUUCAAACUUGGCUCAAAUGUUCACCUUAACAACGGGAUGAGCAGAACCCAUGUUGCCCAUGUGUCAGCUCAAGGUCAAGGUCACAAUUGAAGGUCAAAUAUCAAACAAUGAAAUAUUAGACAGUAUGUUGUGUCCGCGUUGUAAGUCCUACACUAAUUGAACGAUUUUCUUCAAUCUUGGCUCAAAUGUUCACCUCAACAAGGUUAUGUGCAGAACCUAUGUUACCCUUUUGCCGGCUUAAGGUCAAGGUCACACUUGAAGGUCAAAAAUGGACUUAGAAAAUGUUCUUAAACUGUAACA